AACGAGUGGAGCAGUUUCCUCCCCACACUCCAACUCAUAGAUUUUGAGUUGGUGCAUUUAGUGUUUUACCGUCGGUUGCCAACGUACCAUCAAAUCUACCAACCAUGGAGACCGCCUGCCCCAGCAACAACGCCCAGUUGCAGCUCAGCUCCUUCGUCUCGCUCGACGCCGACGACGAGAUGGCCCAACUCAUUCUCGAGGAAAUCUCGUACAUGCGGCGCUCAUUUACCGGUGUGGCAGCAGAGAUCGCCAGCUCCCCGUCUAGCACAUCGACCACGGGACUCAAUGCAAUCUCGGAAGACGAUGAAGAGGAGGAAGAGUAGACGGCUGCCAGUUAAUAGACAACCACGCGAUGAGGGACGGAUACAUCACGCGACCAGAACUCGCGCAAACCGCGCUGCAAAUACUUUCCGUCGAGUUCGAUCGUUGGGAGCGCAAUGCCGGUAUUAGCACAAGUAGAGGGUGGGGAUAGCAAGUUACAACGCGUUAUUUAUUGGAGAACAAUGCAGUUUCUUUUCUAAUGUUGGAGGUGGUGAUAUUGCGCA